GGUUCUAAAUGGAAAAGAGCAGGGGAAUCUUUGAACUGGUGACUGAGCACCUGGUGAAGGGGUGCUGUUGGCCUAAGGAGCACAUUGUUGGCACCUGUGCUCUCCCAUCUGCCCAGAAGGGCUGGACCCAAUGCAGAGCCAUCCUGGGCUCAGUUAAGGGGCAGCCACUGAAGGGAGAGCAUCUCUUGGACCUAGGCUGCUUCCUGAGGAGUGCUGUGAUGCCAGAGAUCCUUUCCACCAUCUGGUUGAACACUGAGUAAGCAACUCCCAGACUCAGCUACGCAGCCAAACUGGCCCGAUGGCAUGCUGCAGCCAACCCCAGCUCAGCAUCUGGAUGAAAUAAAGACCUUUCUCAGGAGCAGCUUUUUGUGCAAUAUACUCAGAGGCAGCCUGAACUUGGACAAAUCCCAUCUGCCCUUGUGACAUGUGAUGUCUGAGCUCUUCUGGGAAGGAGCGUGGGCUUUAUCUGCCCCAAAUCAGCAAUGUGGUGCGUCCCGAAAGGGCAGAUGGGAUAGAUGGAGGCUGCUGGAGGCUGCUGAGCCAGCCAGAGUGCUGGGGUCUGUCCACAUGGCAGGUGCAUAGCGUAAUGUCCAUGCUGUACUACACUCUGAUUAUAGCUUUUUUGAUCGGCACACAGGCAGCUCCAAAGUCAGAGGACAAUGGUCCACUGGAGUAUCCUGCAGAACACUCCUUACCCAGUACACAACAGAGUAACGGACAGCACAUUUCCAAGGCAGCCCCACAGACAAGCCACGGCCGCUUUGCUUGGAUGCCAGAUGGAACAGAAGAUUUAAAUAUCGCUAUGGACCAAAAUUUCUUUAAGAAGAAGCGUUUCCGGUCUUCUCGGGUCCUGUUCAGCACGCAGCCACCUCCCGUGUCAAGGAAAGGACAGAAUUCGGGAUUUCUCAGCAGUGCAGUCUCUCUCAACAGGACUGCCAGGACCAAGAGGACUGCACAUCCCGUACUGCACCGGGGAGAGUUCUCAGUGUGCGACAGUGUCAGCAUGUGGGUCGGGGACAAAACCACAGCCACUGACAUCAAAGGCAAAGAGGUGACCGUGUUGGGAGAGGUCAACAUAAACAACAAUGUCUUUAAGCAGUACUUUUUCGAGACCAAGUGCAGGGACCCUAGGCCAGUGUCCAGCGGGUGCCGAGGGAUCGAUGCGAAGCAUUGGAACUCUUACUGCACCACAACACACACCUUCGUCAAAGCACUGACCAUGGAGGGCAAGCAAGCAGCCUGGCGAUUCAUCCGGAUUGACACAGCCUGUGUUUGUGUGCUCAGCAGGAAAUCGGGGAGACCCUGAGACGGAGCUGAACCCCACAGCAACAUCCUCCUAUCCCCCUACCUCAGCCUGUAAAUUAUUUUAAGUUAAAAAAAAAAA